AUGACGGUACCGGCGUUUGAAACUAUCUUCGCCGUGCCCAUGACCUGCGAGGCAUGCGUCAAGGACAUCGAAGGGUCCCUUCAUCACUUGAGUGGAAUCAACAAGAUCACAGCAAAUCUCAAAGACCAGUUGGUAGCUAUUGAGGGCACGACUGCGCCGUCGGCGAUAGUAGAAGCUAUCCAAGCAACAGGGCGCGAUGCUAUUCUACGUGGAUCGGGCAAGUCGAACAGCGCCGCGGUAUGCAUCCUAGAGUCGCACGCCUCACAUGUGGAGAACAAAGUGCGCGGCCUGGUCCGCAUGGUGGAAGUAGCAGCCAAUAUGACCAUCGUGGAUCUCAGCAUACGAGGACUGUCACCCGGGACGUACCAAGCCACGAUCCGGGAAUCUGGCGACAUCUCCGAGGGGCCUGAAUCUACGGGCGGCAUCUGGGAGGCUGUCAAGGCGAAGCAAGAGGGCAAGCCGUGUCGAGGCGUGUUUGGCACGGUUGAGGUGGGAAAGGGCGGUGUCGGCGCGGUGUUCUUGGACAAGCCGAUUCAAAUCUGGGAGAUGAUUGGGAGGAGUAUUGUGGUUGCGAGGGAGCAGGAUGGGAAGUUCGAUAAAAAUGAUGCGGAUACGUUGGUCGGCGUUAUUGCUCGAAGCGCUGGCGUUUGGGACAAUGACAAGACUGUGUGCUCAUGCUCGGGCAAGACGGUCUGGCAGGAAAGAGAGGAACAGCGGGAUCGCGGCAUGCUAUGAGCCUUGGUAAGAAAGACCGAGUUGAACAAGACUCUGUGUGGAAAUGAAGUACCGCUAGACAAGCCGCGUCUUGCGAGCUGCCUUGAUAUUCGGGCCAACUCGCGUACCUGCAUGAACUCGGGCUCUGUACGCCCUGCAACUCUUCAUGCAGUCUGCCUUGGGAACGCCAGUGGACAGAACGACUAGAAAUUACAUCACGUGGCUGUCUCAGUCGCGCCUAUGCCCUGUGACAAACUUCAAACGCCAUCAAAUCAUGGCUCCAAGCAACUACGUGAAUCCUACCCUCGCCGCAGAGCUGCGUUGUUAUCAUGUGCGGCGAAAGGGGGCUGACAGC